GUUUUGGGUAUUGGGCAUUUGAGAUGGGAAGCAAAGGUGGGGUGUUUAGGUUUGCUGAUGGAGUAGACAAGUUGCUCUUGUUGUUUGGUACAUUGGGUUGCAUUGGAGAUGGGAUGAUGACUCCUCUCACAAUGUUUGUUCUCAGUGGUGUCGUCAAUGAAUAUGGAAGUUCAAGUGCUCAACUUUCUUUCUCCAUUCAUGUGGUGGAUAAGUACUCACUGAGGUUGCUCUAUGUGGCUACUUUAGUUGGCGUAUCUGCUUUCAUGGAAGGAAUUUGUUGGACAAGAACUGCAGAGAGACAAACAUCCCGCAUGAGAAUGGAGUACUUGAAAUCAGUACUUAGGCAAGAAGUAGGUUUCUUCGACAACCAAACUUCUUCUUCUUCUUCAUCUUCAUCAUCUACCUUUCAAGUUGUCUCUACCAUCUCCUCCGAUGCCCACUUAAUCCAUGAUUUGAUCGCCGAAAAGAUGCCAAACUGUCUGGCAAACCUGUCAGCAUUCACACUCAGCCUCACAGUAUCCUUUCUACUUUCAUGGCGAUUAGCGGUGGCUGCUCUUCCAUUCUCCCUCUUGUUCAUAAUUCCAGGGGUUGGAUUUGGGAAGGUGCUGAUGGGUCUGGCGAUGAAGAUGAGGGAUGCUUAUGGAAUUUCCGGCGGAAUCGCAGAACAAUCCAUCUCUUCAAUUCGGACAGUUUAUUCAUACGUAGGAGAGAAUCAAACAUUGGAUAGGUUCAGCAACUCACUUCAGAAAUGUGUGGAUUUGGGAAUAAAACAGGGAAUCACAAAGGGAUUGCUUAUAGGGAGCAUGGGAAUGGUAUAUGCAGCUUGGGCAUUUCAAGUUUGGGUUGGGAGUCUCCUUGUUACUGAGAGAGGAGAGAGUGGUGGCCGAAUUUUCAUAUCAGCAAUCUGUGUUAUCUACGGAGGAAUAUCAAUUAUGACUGCUAUCCCCAAUCUCUCAUACUUCGCCCAGGCAACAGCUGCAGCUAAACGGAUAUUUGAGAUGAUUGAUCGAAAUCCACUUAUAGACGCUGAAGAUGUAGAUGGAAAGAUUCUAGCAUAUGUGAGAGGGGAAAUUGAGUUUAAAGAUGUCACCUUCUGUUACCCAUCAAGACCAGAGACCCCAGUUCUUCAAGGAUUCAAUCUUAAAGUGAAAGCCGGGAAGACAGUAGGCCUUGUUGGAGGAAGUGGUUCUGGCAAGUCGACAAUAGUUUCUUUGCUUGAAAGAUUUUAUGACCCUGUCAAAGGACACAUCCUACUUGACGGAUAUAAAAUAAAGAGACUUCGACUUAAAUGGUUGAGAUCUCAAAUGGGUCUUGUGAAUCAAGAACCAGUUCUCUUUGCAACAUCCAUAAAGGAAAAUAUUCUGUUUGGCAAGGGAGGUGCUCCGAUGGAACUUGUUAUUAGUGCAGCCAAGGCUGCAAAUGCACACGACUUCAUUGUUAAGUUAUCUGAUGGAUAUGAAACUCAAGUAGGGCAGUUUGGAUUGCAAUUGUCUGGAGGUCAAAAGCAAAGGAUCGCGAUAGCAAGGGCUUUACUUCGAGACCCAAAAAUCCUUCUGCUUGAUGAAGCUACAAGCGCUCUUGACGCACAAUCUGAAAAGACAGUGCAGGAGGCCCUUGACAAGGCUUCGCUAGGAAGGACAACAAUUGUCAUUGCUCAUCGUCUUGCCACAAUUCGUGAAGCUGAUAUGAUAGUUGUUCUUGAAUCAGGGAAUGUAGUUGAAUCGGGUACUCACAAUGAGUUGAUUCAAUUGAACAAUGGAGGAGGGACUUAUUUUAGAAUGGUGCAAUUGCAGCAAUCCACAGCACAAAAUGAUGUCUCUAACAGUCACUAUCAUCCAUCAGAGGUUGCAAACAAUGAUAGAGUGAUGAUUGCACAGACUCCCCAAACUCCUGUUGGUGCAAUAUCGAUUUGGCAAAGUAGCCCUGUGUCAAACUUUAGCCCAUGUAUUUCUGUCAGUGUGCCACACUCUAUUCAAAUGUAUUCUUAUGAUGAUAGCGAUGAUGAAAACUUGGGCAAAUCUUAUUAUUCUAUUCCUUCAAAGUGGCGCUUGCUACGAAUGAAUGCUCCUGAAUGGAAACAAGCACUGCUAGGGUGCUUGGGGGCUGCUAGUUUUGGGGGUGUUCAGCCAGUUUAUGCUUAUUGCUUGGGAUCAAUUGUCUCGGUAUACUUCCUAGAAGACAACCCCAAGAUCAAAUCGGAGACAAAAUUCUACUGCAUUGUCUUCUUAAGCUUAGCUGUUAUAAGCUUUUUCGUAAAUCUCCUCCAACAUUAUAAUUUCGCAAUCAUGGGAGAACAUUUAACCAAGAGGGUGAGGGAGAAAUUGCUUGGAAAUAUGCUUUCUUUUGAGAUUGGUUGGUUUGAUAAAGAUGAGAACACAAGUGCAGCAAUAUGUGCACGUCUGGCUACCGAAGCCAACAUGGUUCGAUCACUUGUUGGGGAUCGCAUGGCAUUGUUAUGUCAGGUCUCCGUCAACGUUUCCCUAGCUUAUGGGCUUGCAUU